AUGGGAAUGGACCCUGGAAUCAACAUUUCAGAUGAGUUUACACCUUACGGGGGAAAGAGCGCCUUCUCCCAGCUGGAGCACAACAUAGUGGCUGGAUAUCUCAUUACUGCAGGUGUGAUCAGUUUGAGCAGCAACAUCGUGGUCCUGCUCAUGUUUGUGAAGUUUAAGGAGCUCCGAACCGCCACCAACUUCAUCAUCAUCAACCUGGCCUUCACCGACAUCGGCGUGGCGGGAAUCGGUUACCCCAUGUCAGCCGCGUCCGACAUCCACGGCAGCUGGAAGUUUGGCUACUCGGGCUGUCAGAUCUAUGCUGCUCUCAACAUCUUCUUCGGGAUGGCCAGUAUUGGCCUUCUAACGGUGGUGGCCAUCGACCGCUACCUGACCAUCUGCAGACCAGACAUCGGGCAGAAGAUGACCAGACAGUCCUACAACCUCCUGAUUGCUGCAGCGUGGCUGAACGCCGUCUUCUGGUCCUCCAUGCCAGUGGUAGGCUGGGCUGGCUACGCUCCAGACCCCACAGGAGCCACGUGCACCAUCAACUGGAGGCAGAACGACGCCUCCUUCGUCUCCUACACCAUGGCAGUCAUCGCUGUCAACUUCCUCCUCCCUCUGUCCGUCAUGUUUUACUGCUACUACAACGUGUCGGUCGCUGUCCGGAGGUACAAGGCCAGCAACUCCCUGGACAGCGCCAACGUGGACUGGUCCGACCAGAUGGACGUUACCAAGAUGUCCAUCGUGAUGAUCGUCAUGUUCCUGGUGGCCUGGUCCCCGUACUCCACGGUGUGUCUCUGGGCUUCGUUCGGAGACCCCCGGACCAUCCCGGCCCCCAUGGCGAUCAUUGCUCCUCUCUUCGCCAAGUCGUCCACCUUUUACAACCCCUGCAUUUAUGUGAUCGCAAAUAAGAAGUUCAGAAGAGCCAUCAUCGGGAUGAUUCGAUGUCAAACCAGGCAGAGAAUCACCAUCAACUCUCAGGUUCCAAUGACAACCUCCCAGCAGCCGCUGACCCAGUGACAGCGCCAGGCCACACCAGGACGCUGUGGGAAAGUCC